AUGUCGAAUUUCGUGCACAAGGCCAAGGAUGCAAUGACUGAUGACAAGAGGGAUGCACCUGGAGCCCGUGGCAACCGAGCUCCUCAAGGUGAACAUGGAUCUUUUAAUCCCCGCACCACAGAAUCGGAUCCGAACCAGUACAACUCUUCUAGCAUGAAUCAACCUUCUGGCAUGGGCUCUAACAAUCCUUACGGCUCUCACCGCUCUGACGAUGAGCCUGGUGCCUAUCGCGACUCCAAGGGCAACGAAAGCCAUAGCUCAUCUGACCCUGACACCUAUGGAUCGACGGAAAUUGGCGGAUAUGGUUCAACCAGAGCUACUAGCGCGGGCUCCGACAACGUCAAUGCUGGUCCUCAUGAUUCGAAGUUGGCAAAUAAGAUGGAUCCUCGUGUAGAUAGUGAUAUGGACAACCGUGCUCAACACUCUGGAGGAGCUACCAACCCCCAAAAGUCCAACAAUGCCCCUAGCAACAUGGAUCCCCGUGGAAAGUCUCGCACUCAAGGUCUCGACAAUCAUCAAAAUAGCGAAGAUGAUUUUCAGAAGUCGACAAACGAAAAGAAUUUCCAGUCCCGUCCCUCCGACAACAACAACCCUCUGGGUCAAAUGACUAGCGAAGAAAAGCACGAAACCUCUACGGAAGAGCACAAAUCUCACUCCGCUACCAGUCACGUCAGGCCGAGCCAGACGAAUAUGCAAAAUGAGCCGAAUUUCGGGGGUAACGCUGCUGGUGGUAGCAGCCAUACAUCAGGCGCCAGAGAGCCAUCUGGUACUCAAAAUGCUGACCCUUUGAACAAACUUGAUCCUAGUGGGACCCGAUCGAAUGAGCAAUCUAGUUUCGCUGAUCAGCGGAGUGAAUACUAG